AUGGCGGACGACGAGGUCGAUCAAUUACCUCAUAACCAUCCUCUUUUCCUUCGAGAUUCUAACAUGCUCGGAACAUCACUGAUAUCGCUAAAGCUCACAGGGCCAGAGAACUAUACGCUGUGGAGUAGGGCGAUGAAGGUCGCACUUUUGGUGAAGAACAAGCUAGGGUUUGUGGAUGGAAGUUGCCCUAAGAGCUCAUACAGAGGCGAGUUAGCUGCACAAUGGGACAGGUGUAAUGUGGUAGUACUUUCAUGGCUCAGUAGCACAGUAUCAAGCGAAUUGGUAUCGAGUAUUAUGUACGCUGCGAGUGCAAGGAAGGUUUGGGAUGAAUUCAAGGAGAGGUUUGACAAAGACAAUCUGGCUAGGAUUUAUCAACUCUGGGCAGAAAUUGCGACACUUAGACAAUGUACAAAUUCAAUUACCUGGCUAGGAUUGAUUGUGAAGAAUCAAGGCCAUAUGUCGAUCACUUGGCAACCAUGUGGAUACAAACCUUAUGCUAACACUGUGAAUGCAGAAGGAGAAACAUAUGUCAAAGUGCAUAUUCCAGGAAGCUUUAUGAUAGAGGAGUACUACAAACGCUUAGUCAAUUUUUUGACCAAAUCCUCUAUUGGAGAAGGAUCUGUUGCUGCAACAAGUUCAUCAAACAUGGCAGGUAUAGUGUCAUUGCUAUCUAAUGUAUCCAAUAGCAGGAUAUAUGAUUGGAUAAUAGAUGCAGAUGCAUCACAUCAUAUAGCAUUAUACAAAGAAGUAUUAGAAAGUCUUAAAGAAAUUGAAGGUGAGAACAAUUAUGGAGUAGAGAUACCUACAGGAGAUAAGUCAAAGAUCACACACUCAGGAGAUGCCCUUAUUUUGGGUAAACAAAAGAUAACAAAUGUGUUACAUGUGCCUGAUUUUAAAUUCAACCUACUUUCGGGGCUCUAUAAUGGCAAGGUGUUGGGGAUUGGUAAAGAAGAUAGUGGACUCUACAUACUUAGAAGGGAAGGAGUGGUAGCAGCUAAGAUUUCUAAAGAGGAGAUAGCAGAUACUAAAUUGUGGCAUCAAAGAUUAGGACAUGCAUCAUCAAGUACUUUACAACAACUAGAGGAACAGAAGAAUAAAGUUGAUCAUUCAAAGAGUGAAGUAAUAGUAGUGUUGAAAGACUUCUUUGCCUUGGUUAAAAACCAAUUAAACAUAAUGAUUAAGACUAUAAGAUCAGAUAAUGGCACAGAGUUUUUCAACACUCAGUGCAAUGAUCUGUAUGUAUCUCUAGGUAUUGUGCAUCAAAGCAGCUGUCCAUAUACUCCAGAACAAAAUGGAGUCGUGGAGAGAAAGCAUAGACACAUUCUAGAGGUAGCAAGGGCUUUAAGAUUCCAAAAUGGUAUACUAGUGAAGUUCUGGGGAGACUGUAUGAAAACAGCUGUGUACUUGAUCAACAAGAUGCCUUCAGAUAUCUUGAAAGGGAAAUCUCCUUUUGAAUUGUUGCAUAAGAAGCCACCAAAGGUGGAUCAUUUAAGGGCGUUUUGUUGUUGUGCUAUGCAAGAAUAUUACCUAAAGGUGACAAAUUUGCUCCAAUAG